AAAGCGCCCUAUGAUUUUGCCGACUGCCGGGUUUCUCGCUUCAAAUGUAAUACAUCUCUCAAACACAAUCGGUGAAAUCGUUUAAGGAAAAUUAUUUCAGUCGUAAAGGAUUUUAUGAAAACUACCUUGACGUUGCACCUAUAAAAUGUAUUUAAAGUGCCGUUAGUUUCUGAACUGAAAUAUACAUUUGCCUGUGAUACUGUGACACUUCUCUAAUUCAUAAUAUUUUUAAUAAUUUAUAAUUUUCCCAUAAUAAUGUGUCCUGGCUCAGAAAAUCCUAAAAUUAUUCUUUUGAUCAGCGGAAAACGAAAAUGUGGAAAAGACUUUAUUGCUGAAAAACUUCAGUCUCAACUACUUGAUAAAUGUACCAUUAUAAGAAUAUCUGAACCUAUUAAAAAAUUUUACGCAGAAAAAUGCGCCAUUAGCUUAACAGAACUUAUGGGUAAUGGGCCUUUGAAAGAAAAAUAUCGAAUAGAUAUGAUUAAUUGGAGUGAUAAAAUUAGAUUUGAAGAUCCUGGUCGUUUCUGUAGAUCAGCUUGUGAGAAUGCUAAAGAAUGCCCAUUUUGGAUAGUUUGUGACAUAAGAAGAAAAACUGACAUUGAUUUCUUCAAGAAAACUUAUGAUGAUAGAAUUAAAACAGUUCGUAUCAAUGCUAGAGAAAGUAUAAGAAAAGCUAGGGGUUGGAUAUUCACCAAAGUCAAUUUUAGGUGUCGAUGAUGUGGCUUCAGAAUGCGAUUUAGACUCUUAUCAAAACUGGGAUUUAGAAAUAUCAAAUGAAGAAUCUGAUCAAGGAGUCUUUGGUAUACUUCAAUUACUUGAUAAAUUUAAAUGAUUAUCGAGUAAAUGUUAUUAGUAAGGUGUAUCUGGGACGAAAAGUAUUAUUCUUAUUAUUUUUGAAACUAUAAUAAUCUUCAUUCCCAUGAUUAAUUUAUAACAGUGAAGAAUUAUAUUUUUUACAAAUUUUUGUAUUUCUAACUUGCAAGUGUGGGAAGAGAAGAUGCAAUCAAAGUAUAAUAAAAAAGGUGAUUGAACAAGAAGUUGGCAUUAAUAUUAUUAGAACAUCUUUGGAUAAUUCUCCUUAAAUUUUCUGUGAAAAAUGUUUUCAGUAAAAUUGAAAUACAUGAAUUUUAUUUCAA